AUGCAGUUCCAGAAGCAAACAAAUAAGAAACUUAAGAAACAUAUUUCAUAUUCAAGCGAAUAUGAGAUCUUUGAUAUUCUAAAAGAAGAAAUUUCCCUAAUUUAUGCUAUCUACAAAAAAAUAAAAGCCGAUCAAAAAGAUUUAUUUGUUUAUUAUUUGAAAGGUAGAAUGAGUAGUUUUAAAGAAGAAAUAAUUGAAGAAAAUUAUAG